GGCAUUUCUGUCAUCCACCGGUCUCCUUUCCGGCAGCCCUUCUCUUCGCCUUUUCCUCCGCAGCCUCGUCCUUUUCCGAUUCGAGAGAGAUCGUGAGAGAAAGAGAUCAGCCUAUUCACGCAGUGCCGCCUCCAUCUGGAAUCAAAUCUUCGCUCAGUUGUUGCGAAAUCAGAGAAUCCCUCCCUUUCGCGUUUUUCUUGGGAAGUUCCCAGAUCAAUAAACCCUAGAUUUAGUCGAUGCUUUCCAAAUUUUAGGUAUUUUGUUCAUCUCUCGGUUUUUAAGGAGAGAUCUUUCGUUGGUUAGUGUUGAUUCGUCUGUCGUCGCACGGGAGGAUCGCUCUGUGUAGAAGAUGAAUCCUCGAGGAAGAUUUCCUACGCCUGGGAUGGGGAACGGUCGCGGAGGCAGUGGGAGUGCAAAUCCUGGUUUUUAUCCGAGGAAUCCUCAGCAACAGCAGUACGUACAGCGGAGUCAAGUACACGGGCAGCCGGGUCCGCAGUUCCAGCACCAAUAUCAGCAGCAGCAGCAGCAGUGGUCGAGGAGGAAUCCAAUGGGGAGCGACUUCGGGACUCGGGUACCGGCACAAUCUAUUCAAUACGAGGCUAUUGAUUCUAGUUCCCAAGAUUGGAAGGCACAAUUGAACAUACCACCUCCUGACACACGCUACAAGACAGAGGAUGUAACUGCAACUAAAGGGAAUGAGUUUGAAGACUAUUUUCUGAAGCGAGAACUUCUUAUGGGCAUAUAUGAGAAGGGUUUUGAAAGGCCUUCACCUAUUCAGGAAGAAAGCAUUCCUAUUGCACUCACUGGCAGUGACAUUCUUGCUAGAGCUAAAAAUGGGACAGGAAAGACGGCUGCAUUUUGUAUUCCUGCUCUUGAAAAAAUUGACCAAGAUCUCAAUGCCAUUCAAGUUGUUAUAUUAGUUCCAACAAGAGAAUUAGCUCUUCAAACAUCACAAGUUUGUAAGGAACUUGGAAAACAUUUGAAGAUUCAAAUUAUGGUUACUACUGGGGGAACUAGCCUGAAGGAUGACAUUAUGCGUUUAUAUCAACCCGUCCAGUUGUUGGUUGGAACUCCUGGUCGAAUACUUGAUCUUGCAAGAAAAGGGAUCUGUGUUUUGAAGGACUGUUCGAUGCUUAUAUUAGAUGAGGCUGACAAGCUUCUUUCUCCAGAGUUUCAGCCAUCAAUAGAACAACUUAUUCAGUUUCUUCCUGAUAAUAGGCAAAUUUUAAUGUUUUCAGCAACAUUUCCUGUAACUGUUAAGGAUUUUAAGGACAGAUACCUUCCAAAACCCUAUGUUAUCAAUCUGAUGGAUGAACUCACACUGAAGGGAAUAACACAAUACUAUGCUUUUGUUGAAGAGAGGCAGAAGGUGCACUGCCUGAAUACCCUUUUCUCAAAGCUUCAAAUUAAUCAAUCUAUUAUUUUCUGUAAUUCUGUUAACCGAGUGGAGCUAUUAGCAAAGAAAAUCACUGAGUUGGGCUAUUCUUGCUUCUAUAUUCAUGCUAAAAUGUUGCAAGAUCACAGAAAUCGUGUUUUCCAUGACUUCCGCAAUGGUGCAUGCAGGAAUCUUGUUUGCACAGAUCUCUUUACCAGGGGAAUUGAUAUUCAAGCUGUUAAUGUUGUCAUCAAUUUUGAUUUCCCAAAGAACUCUGAAACAUAUCUUCACAGGGUUGGUCGUUCGGGAAGGUUUGGUCACCUUGGUUUAGCUGUCAAUCUUAUCACCUAUGAGGAUCGCUUUAAUUUAUAUCGAAUGGAGCAAGAACUUGGCACAGAAAUAAAACAGAUUCCUCCACAGAUCGAUCAGGCUAUAUACUGUCGGUGAUCUGGAACAGUUAGGAGUCUGAUAUUUUCAUGCUGAAUAACUAGAGUGCUACCUGUAUACGUUGACACAUCAGGUUUCUUUUGUCACCUUGUGUUGGUGCCCAAGUUGCAUCUGACGACUAAACCGCUAUACUAUGAUUGGCUAUUUGGUAACAUCGAUCAUGGUCACUCUUAACUUAAUAUGUUAUAUUCAAAAAUAGAUUCUUCUAGUUCACAGUUUCAUAGGCAUUAAACUGUUGUGCAUAUACUGGUGAGAAGAUGAUUGUUGCUUCAUGUUAUCUGUCAAAUGCAUACAGUUGAAGACUGCAAAGCUGGAUAGAAUGGUUAGUGUGUUAAAAUCCCACAUUCUGAAAAA